CCUUGUCAGGAUUCUGUGAGUGUUCAGAUUGAGUCAGUAGGGUUGUCAGUCAGGGGUUAGAGUUUAAGUGGUGAGGAGUGGAAUCGUUCUGAUUGUGCACCUAUCACCAUGGUUGAGACCCAUAGUGGGAUAGACACUAGCCCCUACACCAAGGAGCAGCAAGAAAAGAUGGCCGCCUUAGUGAGAGAAAACAACGAGAGGAAAGAGCGCGAGAAGCAGGCAAAGUUAAAGGCUAUCGCAGAGGAGCAGGCGGCCAAGAUGAAGGAAUUGGAGGAGGAGAUGGAAAAAAAGAAGAAGGUUGCUGAAGAAGAAGCGGCAGCAAAAGAAGAAAAAGAGAGAAUGCGUAUUGAGAGUAGAGAGGGGAGUAGUGGCACGAAGAGAGAUACAGACGCAGAGAUGGAGAGGAGAAUAAGUGAGUGGGUUGCUAAUUUAUCGUUGGGAGAAGAUGAGGAGGCAGAGUCCUAUGUGACUCAGGAUGAGAGGGAAGCGCUGGCCAAUGAGCUAGCACCAAUGGCAGAUCCUAUGGAACGGAUAGAGAUAGAGCCUGGCAGUAGAACUCGUAAGGGUGCGGUUUACAGGAUGUCCCCUAGGGAGUUAGAGGAGUUGCGCAAGCAGUUAGACGAGUUCCUCGAGAAAGGUUGGAUCAGGACCAGUUCGUCUCCUUUUGGAGUACCAAUUUUAUUUGUCCCCAAAAAGGAAGGAGAGCUUCGUAUGUGUAUAGACUAUAGGGGUUUGAACGCGAUUACUGUGAAGAAUGUCGAGCCACUGCCCAGGAUAGACGAUCUUUUAGAUCGGGUGCAGGGUUGUAAGUAUUUCUCUAAGAUAGACUUAAAGUCCAGUUAUCAUCAGAUAGAGGUCCAUCCUGAUGACCAGUACAAGACUACGUUCCAGACUAGAUACGGGCACUAUGAGUUUGUAAUGAUUCCCUUUGGACUAACCAACGCGCCAGCCACUUUUCAGCGUUGUAUCAAUGACCUGUUUAGACCAUGGUUAGACAAGUUUGUGGUAGCCUACCUAGAUGACAUAUUAGUCUUUAGCAAGACCCUCCAAGAGCAUCAGGGUCAUUUGAGGCAGGUCUUGGAGAAGCUGAGAGAGGCUAACUUCAAGAUCAAUCCAAAGAAGUGCGAGUGGGACAAGACACAAGUCUUGUACUUGGGCCACGUAUUAGACGAAGAUGGCAUUAAGCCAGAGGACAGCAAGAUCGCGGCGAUUAGAGACUGGUCGACGCCCCGCACAUUGAGAGAGUUGCGGUCGUUCCUAGGCCUAGCUAAUUAUCAUAAAAAGUUCGUCAGAAACUUCUCCACUAUCGCCGCUCCCCUGCGCAGGUUGCUUAAGAAAGAGGCAAUCUGGCAAUGGGACAAAGACUGUGUGUCUGCGCUAAAGAGACUGAAGCGCGCGUUGAUAGAGUACCCUGUCCUCAAAGUAGCUGAUCCGUCUCUGCCUUUUGUCGUCACCACGGACGCGAGUCAGUAUGGGAUAGGCACGGUGUUGCAGCAAGACGACGACAAUGGCUAUAGACCCGUAGAGUUCAUGUCCGCGAGGAUGCCCUCAGAGAAGGUAGCCAUCUCGACGUACGAGAGAGAACUCUACGCUCUCAGGCAGGCCUUCGAGCACUGGAAGCAUUACCUGCUUGGGAGGCACUUCAAAGUGUAUUCUGACCAUGAAAUACUCAGAUGGUUAAAGACUCGGGCCAAGAUGACACCUAAGUUGACUAGGUGGGCCGCGAAGAUAGACCAAUACGACUUUGAGCUCAAGCCAGUGAAGGGCAAGUACAACGUAGUUGCGGACGCUCUGAGUAGGAGAUCAGACUACGUUGGAGCUAUAGUAAACUAUCUGGAUAUAGGGAGAGACCUGCAGGAGAAAGUGAAGCAAGCAUAUGCGCAGGACCCUAUCUAUAGCGACCUCCUAAAGAGAGUUAGAGAGGCCCCAAAGACUGAGCCAUAUUACCGCACUACAGACGGRUUGCUGUUUGAGAAGACUAACGUAUUUGACCGCCUGUGCGUUCCCAACAACGAAGAGAUUCAUAGUCUGAUCCUAGGGGAAUGCCACGAUACCGAGGGACAUUUCGGUUGGCAAAAGACUUUAGCCAACCUGAUGCGUGCGUACACCUGGCCAUGAAUGAAGAAUGACUGCAUAGAGUAUGUUCCCAGUUGUAAAGUAUGCCAACGUA